AUGCCCUCAGUCCCACUCCGAUAUGGUCGCUGGGUAUCCAUUCUUGGCCCAGUACUCCUAAUCCUCUUGAUCCUUCAUUUAAUCCACGCGGAUUUCGAUUCAAAGACCACGCAGGACGUGAUCGAGCCCGCCGCCGGGCUAACAAUCGAAACCCAAAACAAUACCACCCCACAAACCGACCAUGUACCACCAUCCUGUCCAACAGACACAGGAAUGGAUGAUGUACUCGUAGUGAUGAAAACCGGCAUCACAGAAGCGCAACACAAAGUCCCCGUACACCUAAGAACAACCCUCCGCUGCAUCCCGCACAAGAUAAUCGUCUCCGACUUCGAAGAAGACAUAGCCGGUACACGCACAUACGACGUCUUCCUCAACGUCUCCGAAACGCUCAAACAAACCAACAGCGAUUUCGCCCUGUACAACCGCGCCCGUCAAGGCGGCCGCACAGCCCUAACGGACGAAGACCACACGAAAGUCCAAAACAGUGUGUUCGGCAUGACCGACAAUCCAGGGUGGAAACUGGAUAAGUGGAAAUUCCUCCCGAUGAUCCAUACAGCGCGAUACCAGAAGCCAGAUGCUAAGUGGUUCGUGUUCCUGGAAGCAGACACGUAUCCGAUGUGGCCUAAUUUACUCGGGUGGCUGGCGCAUUUCAAUCAUGAGGAUAUGCUGUAUUUGGGAAAUCAGAUGCAGAUCGGGCCGAGUUUGUUUGCGCAUGGGGGGUCUGGAUUUGUGCUUUCGCAUGCUGCGAUCCAUGCUCUGGCGGAUUUUCAUAAAUUGCAUGUUGAGGAGUGGGAUCAGAUUACGGAUCAGGAAUGGGCGGGUGAUUGUGUGCUUGGAAGGGCACUUUCGGCGGCUGGGAUUGAGCUUACUUGGUCUUGGCCGCAGGUUACUACUCAGUCGGUUUGGGAGCAGGAUAUGUUGCAUGCGGCGUUUGAUAAGAAUCCUUGGUGUUUUGCUCCUUCGACCUUCCACCAUAUGACGCCGGCGGAUGUGGAUCGGUUCUGGGAAUUCGAACAGCAGUGGUUUGCUGAUACAAACUCAAAUGUCCUCACUUACAGUGACAUCUUCCGUAACCUUAUCCGUCCAACUCUCGCAUCACACCUGGAUAACUGGGAUAACUUAGCGAGCGCAGGUGACGAUAAAGAAGAUUACAAGGGUCCGAAGACGCCUACAUCCUUUGCUGCCUGCGCGGAAUAUUGCGCCGCAGAUCCACAGUGCAUUCAGUACCGCCUGACAGCCGACUUGCGCUGCACAACGUCCGACGCGGUGCUGCGCGGGAAGCCCGAGCCAGGCACACAAUCAGGGACGAUGCUGUGGCGGGUUGAUGCUGCAUUAGAGCAGAUGGAGAAGUGUGAGAAGGUGACAUGGGUGACCGGCUAG